AUGGCCGCCGUCCACAAGAGCAUUGCACCGGCGGUACUCCUCAUCCUGCCGCUGAUGCUGUCUUUCACGGCGUCGGCACGGCACUUGACUCCCACCGCGGAUUACUCGGUGCUGAGGAAGGUGCCUCGUGGACCAGACCCCAUAACGUCUGAUCCGCCGCCGCCGCCAGCCAAGAGUGCACAUUUCUCGAUGCUGAGGAAGGUGCCUCGUGGGCCAGGCCCCAUAACGUCUGACGUGCCCCCGCCGCCGGCCACGAGCGCGCACUUCUCGGUACUGAGGAAGGUGCCCUUUGGACCGGAUCCCUUAGUGUCCUACGCUCCACCGCCGCCGGCUACGAGAGCGCACUUCUCCGUGCUGAGGAAGGUGCCUCGUGGGCCAGACCCUAUAACGUCGGACCCACCACCACCGCCAGCCACCAGCGCACACUUCUCGGUGCUUCAGAAGGUGCCUUUCGGACCGGAUCCCAUAGUAUCUUAUGCUCCACCGCCACCGGCGACGAGCGCCUACUUCUCUGUUCUCCGGAAGGUCCCCCGUGGGCCGGACCCCAUCACGUCCGACUCACCGCCACCACCUCCGAGGGACUUCUCGGUGCUCAGGAAGGUUCCUACCGGACCAAACCCGGAGACAUCCGACUCACCGCCACCACCUCCGAGGGACUUCUCGGUGCUCAGGAAGGUUCCUACCGGACCAAACCCGGAGACGUCCAACUCACCGCCACCACCUCCGAGGGACUUCUCGGUGCUCAGGAAGGUUCCUACCGGACCAAACCCGGAGACGUCCGACUCACCGCCACCACCUCCGAGGGACUUCUCGGUGCUCAGGAAGGUUCCUGCCGGACCAAACCCGGAGACGUCCGACUCACCGCCACCACCUCCAAGGGACUUCUCGGUGCUCAGGAAGGUUCCUACCGGACCAAACCAGGAGACGUCCGACUCACCGCCGCCACCUCCAAGGGAUUUCUCGGUGCUCAGGAAGGUUCCUACCGGACCAAACCCGGCGACAUCCGACUCACCGCCCCCACCUCCGAGGGACUUCUCGGUGCUCAGGAAGGUUCCUACCGGACCAAACCCGGCAACGUCUGACUCACCGCCACCACCUCCGAGAGACUUCUCAAUGCUCAGGAAGGUUCCUACCGGACCAAACCCGGCAACGUCCGACUCAUCACCGCCACCACGGCUGCCAACUGCAGCUUCUCGGGCGUGA